AACAAAGCAGCCUGAUCUCUGCUAACGUGCGCCUCCGCCAUCAAAAUCUCUCUCUCUCUGCUCUCACCUCUUUGGCCCUUAAACCUCCAGAAGAGCCAGCGUCUUCUAACGACUCCCAAACCCUUCACAUUAAAUAAUAAUAAAACAUUUAUUAUUAAACAGAGUUGCAGAUAAUUCGAAGCCAUUUAACUACUCAGUCAAAUGUCCUCAGUUCUCAGGCUAAUGGCGUCGAUGACCACCGCUUCGUUGCGGUGCCCCUCGCAGUCUUUGAGUCUUAAACGGAUCCAGCGCUUGCCAUCUCCCGCAUCAUUUCGCAGAUCGUUUGUCGUCGCCGCUUCGGAUUUCGCGAAUGAGAACCGAGAGUUCGUUAUUGUUGGUGGAGGGAAUUCCGCGGGGUAUGCGGCUAGGACUUUCGUCGAGCACGGGAUGGCCGAUGGUAGGCUCUGUAUGGUUACCAAGGAGCCUGUUGCACCGUAUGAGAGACCAGCGCUAACGAAAGGCUAUUUGUUUCCUCCAGAUAAGAAACCUGCACGUCUACCGGGAUUUCAUACAUGUGUCGGUUCUGGUGGGGAAAGGCAAACCCCAGAAUGGUACACGGAGCAAGGCAUAGAGGUUUUAUAUCAAGAUCCAGUAGUAGGCCUUGAUACUGAAGCACAAACCCUGACUACAUCAUCAGGGAAACUUCUCAAGUAUGGAUCUCUUAUAAUCUCUACAGGAUGCGAAUCUGCAAGAUUUCCGGAAAAGAUUGGAGGAAACUUGCCUGGAGUCCAUUAUAUACGUGAUGUGGCUGAUGCUGAUUCACUGAUCUCUUCAUUGGAGAAAGCCAAAAAGGUUGUUGUGAUUGGUGGGGGUUAUAUUGGCAUGGAAGUUGCUGCUGCAACCAUUGGAUGGAAUCUUGAUACCACUAUUAUAUUUCCAGAGGAUCAUCUGAUGACAAGGUUAUUCACUCCUUCGCUCGCUCGGAGAUAUGAAGAUCUUUAUUCUGAAACUGGCAUCAAAAUAUUAAAGGGGGCUCGCAUUGACAAGCUAGCAGCAGGUUCUGAUGGAAGAGUUGCCACUGUUAUCCUUGGAAAUGGGUCCACACUUGAAGCAGAUACAGUCAUUGUUGGAAUUGGAGCAAAGCCAGCAGUUGGUCCCUUUGAGGCUGUUGGGUUGAAUAAAACUGUGGGAGGAAUUGAGGUUGAUAGCCUUUUCCGUACUAGUGUUCCAGGUGUUUUUGCUAUUGGAGAUGUAGCAGCCUUUCCCUUGAAGAUGUAUGAUCGGAUUGCACGGGUAGAACAUGUAGAUCAUGCUCGAAAAUCAGCUCAACACUGUGUUAAGGCACUUCUAACAGCCCAAACUCACCCUUAUGAUUACCUGCCAUAUUUCUACUCAAGGGUCUUCGAAUAUGAGGGAAGCAAAAGGAAAGUUUGGUGGCAAUUCUUUGGAGAUAAUGUUGGCGAUACUAUUGAAGUUGGAAAUUUUGAUCCAAAAAUUGCAACGUUCUGGAUAGAUAAUGAUAGUAGAUUAAAAGGCAUUUUCCUUGAGAGUGGAAGUCCAGAGGAAUUUGGUCUCCUUCCUCGGCUUGCCAGGUUGCAGCCAAUAGUGGACAAAGAAAAGCUUAAGAGUGCAUCUUCUGUUGAAGCUGCAUUAGAAAUUGUGACGAACUCCCUCCAGGUUGCCCUCUGAGCUCAUUGCAGGAUAUAAUGUACCUCGCCGCCUCAUCUCAAAAAUCCAUGCAACAGUAUCCUACGAUUUUUCACCCCUCUUUCUUGCAUUAGUGCUACCGUUCCUUCUCCAUCGUGUUUAAUCACGGUUACAGUGUUUUCUUGAUAAUAAAUCACAGUUCGGGUUAAUCCUAUUCGUUCCGUUUUGGAGACCAAGCUAUUGUUGCUUCUGUACAAACUCGUAGAUUUUAUUUGUAGAACUUAAUGGUCGUUGCCUGGUUUUACAUGUCAAGCGAGAGAAUAAUGAUUUUUGAUAUGAACGCUAGAAAGAUAUAUACAUGUACUCAAAACAAGUGAAAUAAUGUGAUUAACGUUCAGUAAGUUCUAUUUUGAACACUU